AUGAUAUAUACAGAACAUUCCAUAAAUUCGUAAAUUUAUAUCUUUUCCAAUAAUUCCCGCGCCGUCGUCAUAGUAACGUGAUAUAAAUAUGUGUGUGUAACAUAUUAGAUAUGAGCUAAGAAGUAAGAAGGUAUUAUCUUUUACAUUUUUGUUACUUGACAGUUUUUAGAUCCAUAAGUUGUAUUGAGAGAUAUAGAUACAUACUUAGUUCUUAGCUGAAAAUUUAUUCAUACUUUUUCUAAGAAUAGAAGUAUCAAGCAAUGGCAUAAUGAGAUAAAAUGGAAGACAAUAUUUGCAAUACUUGUUAAUAGUGAUUAGAGAAGCUGCUUAUCGUUUUUACGCAUAAUUUUGCCUUCAUAUCUUUGAUAUAUAAAUUCGAAUGACAAGGAUGACUGAAGAAAAGGAAACAUGUGGAACCUUGGACAAGGUAGACGCAGCAGUAGCAGAUUAUGCGGAUUAUUCAUCGCCAGAAACAUCGAAAGCAUUGCAGAUCAUGAAGAAGCCGAAAUUACUACAAGAGUCUUCAUGGACGAAAACUGUUCCGUACAAACACUGGCACAGUUAUGCGAAACCUACUGACAGUAUAGGCAGUAUUUUUACACCCGGUGCAUAUCCUUAUCGGGCCAGGAUUAUAACGAAACGUGAAGUCAAACCUGCACCAUCCUAUCCUUUCAGUGUUGACAAAGUGCUUGCGGCUCCGCCUCGCAUUCUUAUAGAACGACACAACGAAGAGGUUCAACGAAGAGCCGCUGUGGCAGAGAAAAAACGCGCUUCCCUGCCGGAAAAUAUAGUCAGUUUGAAGGAUUUAGCAGACGGCACAUGGUUGCGGAAGAAAAGACACAAGGCGAAAGCCUUGAAGAAAAGAGAGUUAUCCAUACAUGAGGGGAGAAUAAUGAAAAGAAAAUUGGAUCGAGAGAUUGUAUCUUACGUCGAGGCAGAAAUUCCGAAAUCCGUCGACGAACAAUUGACCGAACUAACAGCGGCAGUUGAUAAGGAACAGAGACGAAUAGUCACAGCCGAGGAUGUUGCUAAAGUAGCUUAUCUCAGAGAUUACUGCAUAAGCGAGCAUCAUUUACAACCAUACGACUAUGCUAAUAUUGAUGCGGCAAAAAGACGUAUUAUUGGUAAAUUGCAGGAACGUGAAGAUUUCAAUAAAAUAACAAAAGACUUGGAACCGGAAAUAAUCAAUGAUUAUAAGGAAAGCCUUCGCAGUGCGAUAGUGGAUUAUAUCCUGAUGGAUUCCGAUGAACGAGAACGUUUAUCUAUCAAAACUCUGCCUCUCAAAUUUCCUGUUUUAUGCAUUCGUUCACCGGUACCUUGGCAUCAAUCCAAAGUCACAGCAAAUCAUUCGAUACGACACUGUCUUUUUAUCGGAAAUACGAUAUUGAGGGACAUUCGCGAUCUAUGGUUUUCAAAAUAUCGCCAAAUAAGAAUUAUUCGCAUGCAAGAUUUCGGCACAUUUCCCGUUCCGGCUGCGGAAAUCGAGCCGAAAUUAAAUGCCUUAUGUACCGCUGCCACCGACGUUCUCAUUAAGGAAUGGCUGGCCGACGUAGCAGAAAUUUUUCUCGAGAAGAAAUACGUUUGGUCGCAAUACUUUGAGAUGCAUUCGGACGCGUCCACCGCGAUGAUCGAGAAAUACUUUCGCAGCGUAAAUUCUCUAUUAUCGAAGCAACUGCGAAUCAUGAUAACGGAAACGCUGGAAGACGUUAGGGAAUUCUUCAUGCGAUACAGAGCUGGCAAUGCAUUUGAAGGAGAUUACGAGGAACUCGUGUUUCUCGAAACUCCUUUCAUAACAGUGAAGGUGGAACCGGAACUUUUCACGACGAAACUGCGCUGCAGACCGAGCAUUCUGGAGUUACACACCAUCAUCUCACGAUGCUUCGACAAGAUCAUUAAAGUGAGCGCUACAAUACCUAAGAUUGAAACCAUUCUGUUUCCGGAAUUAAAGCAGAAAACUUAUCUAUUUCCCAUCUCGCGCUUUGAAGAUACGGUAUUGAAUGUCAUCAGUGAUGUAUUGGAUGUGAUCACUAAGCAUACAAGUGGUCCUGAUGGUUACCUCAAAUGCUAUGAGAAUUUGCUUUAUAUUACGAGCGGCGUAGCUGAAAAAAAAUUGGAUAAUUUUUUUAAAUUGGAGCCGGUACCGUUAUUGCGAGAUUUUGAGCAACAAAUAAAGGCAUAUGACACUCUGCGAAAAGAGAUUUAUAUGUUUCGAUGUAAAAUUCCGCUGAACAUGAUCGAAAUCGAUUGCAGUGCUGUAAACGAUACAAUGAGAGAAAUUCUAUAUACGCUUCGAAGUAGAAUAUGCAAUUUCUUCGCGGAUGAACUACGAGUCAACAAUCGCGAAUUGUGCUCGAUCUUUGAUGAGAUAGCGGAGAACAUCUCGAAGAUGCCAGAAACCACGCAGCAGGUGGUGGAACUGUACAAUUAUCUAUGUGAGAGCCGUGAUACGACGAUGUUUAAUCUGAAAAGACGAUUAACGCGUUCGAUCGAGUUGACGCUGUUCCUCUUUGAUCACCAGCCACUCUCCGACGAAGACAUUCACUUAAACUCACGCACCAUUACUUGGCCGAAGGAGAUGGAAGUUGUGAUGGAACUGGCAAGCAACAGAUUGACCAUGAGAAAAGAUUUCUUGGAAACGUUGCUUCGCACAAGACGAGACACCUUCGAGAAAAAGAUAAUUACGAUGCAACAGGCAAUUGAGCAGUUUAAACGAAAGGAUCCGCCCGUUCUCACCAUGGAGGAAAUGGAGCAGGCCGUGGAGGAGAUCGAGCAAAUCUCCGCGACUAUGGCGGAGAUACGUAAAGAAGCCGAGGAGAUUAACGAAGAGGAGGGAUUACUCGACAUGGAGCUGAGUCCGUACAUGGAAUUGCCGACUAUGUCUAGUACGGUGGACACCUUUGACAAGCUCUGGCACACCGCUCUAGAUUUUCAUCGAAACUACGAUAAAUGGUUCUACGGCCCGUUCGUAGGUCUAAACGCCGAGCAAGUGCGCGAGGAGACUGAAAACACAUGGCGAAUUCUGUAUAAACUUUCGCGCGUGCUUACAGAGGUACCAGGCGCGAGACGCGUUGCCGAAAUGGUGCGCGGUAAAGUGGAAAAAUUCCGACAAUUUAUCCCAGUGUUGCAAACUAUCUGCACGCCGGGCCUACAAGCUCGACAUUGGGAAACAAUUAGCAAAAUCGUCGACGUAACAAUAAUACCAACGGAUACCAGCAGUCUGUCGGAGAUGAUCGAGUACGGUCUACCCGCUUAUAUCGCCAAGUUGGAGGAGAUAGCUUCGGCGGCCACAAAGGAAUACACUCUGCAGCGAAACCUGCAGAAGAUGAAAGAAGAAUGGCAAGAAGUGUAUUUCGAAUUAACUCUUUAUCGCGACACCGGUGUAUCCAUAUUAACCGCCGUGGACGACAUACAGAUGUUGCUUGAUGAUCAUAUACUCAAGGCGCAAACCAUGCGUGGUUCCCCUUUUGUGAAGGCAUUCGAAGAAGAGAUGCAGCAGUGGGAGGAGAAGCUGAUAAUGAUGCAAGAUAUCAUCGAUCAGUGGCUGCUUUGCCAGUCCACGUGGAUGUAUCUGGAACCAAUAUUCAGCAGCGAGGAUAUUUUGCGUCAGAUGCCGACCGAGUCGAGGAAUUUUCGUAAAAUCGAUAAGACCUGGCGUAACAUCAUGUUGUACGUUCUGGAUAAUAAACGAGUGAUCGAUGCUACCGCGAUGCCGAACAUGCUGCAGGAACUCAAGCUCUGCAACUCGCUGCUCGAGGAGAUCCAGAAGGGUCUGAACGAUUAUUUGGAGAAGAAACGUCUGUUCUUCCCGCGAUUCUUUUUCCUAUCAAAUGACGAGCUGCUGGAAAUUCUAUCUGAGACCAAAGAUCCGCAGCGAGUGCAACCUCAUCUGCGCAAGUGCUUCGAAGGCAUCAGUAAGCUCCGCUUCACCAAGGAAGAGGAGAUUAUUGGCAUGGUGUCGGCCGAAGAGGAGUACGUACCUCUGAGCGGUAAGAUUUACCCUGCCGAUGCGAAAGGUAUGGUUGAGAGAUGGCUGUGCCAAGUAGAGGAACUCAUGAUGAUCUCGCUGCGCGACAUCGCCGAGGAAAGUAUAAUUGCUUACUUCGACGCCAUACGCGAGGAAUGGGUGCUUUCGUGGCCCGGUCAGAUUAUCAUUUGCAGUAGUCAGAUACACUGGACUAGCGAGGUGUACGAAUCUUUCGAGGAUCGCUCUACAGCAUCCUAUUUGCAAAAAUGCAACGAUCAAAUAAAAGAUAUCGUAUCGCUUGUACGCGGCAAAUUGGAACCAGGUGCCAGGAUAACGUUGAACGCCCUAAUAGUAAUAGACGUGCAUGCUCGAGACGUGGUGAAAUUGUUGAUAGACAAGCGGGUAGACAAUCCCUUGGACUUUAAUUGGAUAGCGCAGCUACGCUAUUAUUGGUUAGACGAUUGUAUCACCGUUUCUAUGAUUACAACUAAUAUCAUGUAUGCUUUCGAGUAUCUCGGUAACACAUCCAGAUUGGUAAUCACGCCGCUGACGGAUCGAUGCUAUAGGACUUUGAUGGGUGCAUUAAAAUUGAAUCUUGGCGGUUCACCAGAAGGACCUGCAGGCACCGGCAAGACGGAAACAGCCAAGGAUCUCGCCAAGGCCGUAGCCAAGCAAUGCGUCGUGUUCAACUGCUCCGAAGGACUGAAUUACAAAGCGAUGGGCAAAUUUUUCAAGGGUCUUGCGCAAUCCGGAGCCUGGGCGUGCUUUGACGAAUUCAACAGGAUCGAUUUGGAAGUGUUGUCCGUGAUCGCGCAACAGAUACUGUCGAUACAGAUGGCUAUAAGCAUGAAAUUGGAUAAGUUUGUGUUCGAAGGCACCGAGUUGAAGCUGAAUCCCACUUGCAACGUCAUCAUAACGAUGAAUCCGGGUUAUGCCGGUCGGCAGGAACUGCCUGACAAUUUGAAGGCCCUGUUCCGAACGGUGGCGAUGAUGGUACCGGAUUACGCCAUGAUCGGUGAGAUCACUUUGUACUCGUACGGCUUCACGGACGCCAAGAAUCUUGCUGAGAAAAUCGUUCACACCUACAAAUUGUGCUCCGAGCAACUGAGCUCGCAAAAUCACUACGAUUAUGGUAUGCGAGCUGUCAAGACCGUAUUGAUAGCGGCCGGUAAUCUGAAACUCAAAUAUCCGAAACGCGACGAGUCCAUCCUGGUCCUUCGCGCCAUCGUGGAUGUCAAUCUUCCCAAGUUUCUCUCCGAGGACGUUUCUCUCUUCAAUGGCAUCUACACAGAUCUCUUCCCGGAUGUACAGCUGCCUCAACCAGAACGCGAGGAACUGAUAGACAUGCUGAAGGUGAACCUGGGGAAGCGAAAUCUACAGGCUACCGAUUGGUACUUGGAGAAGAUUGUGCAGAUCUACGAGAUGAUACGUGUACGACACGGUCUGAUGAUCGUCGGCAUGGCUUUGGGCGGGAAGACUCAGGCUUAUCAAACGUUGGCCGACGCCCUGGGUGAUCUGUCGGGUAUACGAAAAGCCACGAUGCGAGAAAACCGUACGGUUUAUCGAGUGAUCAAUCCGAAAGCCAUCACGCUGGAACAACUAUAUGGUAGCUUUGAUCCGUUCUCGCACGAAUGGAGCGAUGGUGUGCUGGCCAACACUUUUCGCGAAUACGCGCAGUCCACUUCGCUAGAGCGCAAGUGGAUCGUAUUUGACGGUCCGGUAGACGCGAUCUGGAUUGAGAGCAUGAACACCGUGCUUGACGACAACAAGAAGCUCUGCUUAAUGUCCGGCGAAAUUAUACAGAUGUCCGUCAAGAUGAGCAUGUUGUUCGAGCCGGCUGAUCUCGAGCACGCCUCACCAGCCACUGUCAGCAGAUGCGGCAUGAUUUACAUGGAGCCUUCUCAAUUGGGCUGGCGACCUAUUCUCGAAUCCUACAAGAAGCAUCUCAAGGAGAAAUUAUUGUUUGAACAAUACGAGCUCGUCAUCGAACUGAUAGAAUGGCUGACCCAGCCGAUAUUGCAUUUUAUUCAAUAUAAGUGUCAGACUUUCAUCGAUACAUCGGAAUUGCAUAUGUUUCUGUCUUUUACCAGAGUAUUCAGCAUGAUGCUAGCAGAUGAAACGCAAGUGAGUACAGUCUGGCUUCAGUGCGUAUUACUCUUCAGCAUAGUUUGGGGCAUGUGCUCAACAUUAAUAAGCGACAGCAGAAAAAUCUUCGACGUGUAUCUACGAAAACUGUUACUUGGUAAUAUCGAAGAAUAUCCUAAACCAAAGGUGUUCAAGCUGACAAAGCAGCAAAUCUUCCCUGAUAAAGGUAUGGUGUACGAUUGGAUUUACGAUAAAAAGAACAACGGCUGCUGGAUAUCUUGGAUGGAUACUAUGCAACAGGCAUCUUUACCAGCAACGGCGAAGAGCAGUGAACUGAUCAUCCAGACAACCGAGACAUCUAUUCAGCAUUUCUUCAUCAAACAAUUUAUGCACAGAUCGAUUCCGCUUUUAUUUGUGGGUCCAACUGGUACCGGCAAGUCCGCUAUCGUAUUGAAUUACCUUAUGUCAUUGCCUCGGGAGAAAUUCCUGGAAAACGUUAUAAACUUCAGCGCCCGUACGAACGCACCAUUAACACAAGAGAUAGUCAUGUCGAAGUUGGAUAGAAGAAGAAAAGGUGUCUACGGUCCCGCUAUGGGGAAGAAAUGCGUAUUGUUCGUAGAUGAUCUCAGCAUGCCACAAGUGGAAAUCUACGGGGCUCAACCGCCAAUAGAGCUGCUUCGUCAAUGGAUAGAUCAUGGCUACUGGUUUGAUCCGAAGGAUACCUCGAUUCUGUAUUUGGUGGAUAUUCUGCUAAUCGCUGCUAUGAUACCACCUGGAGGCGGCUCGAACGUUGUAACGCCGAGACUCACUCGCCACAUGCACGUAAUCGGCAUUGAUUCCUUCGAGGAAGCCACGAUGACUAAGAUCUUCACGUCAAUUCUCGACUGGCACUUCGCAAAGGGCUUCGUCGCGGAGAUUUCACGGCUGAGCAAAAUGAUGGUGAGCGCUACCUUGGAUGUGUUUCUUGGGGCCAUCAAAAACUUUCUCCCGAUACCGUCGAAGAGUCAUUACAAGUUUAACCUGCGUGAUUUUAGUCGGGUUAUCGGCGGCGUGCUUCUCGUGCCAGCCGUUAGAAUGAAAGACCCCGACAAACUUAUUAGACUGUGGAUUCAUGAGGUAUAUCGAGUUUUUCACGACAGACUGAUAGAUGACACGGAUCGUGAGACGUUAUUUAAGAUGAUGCGACACACGUGUUACGAUAAGUUGCGCCAACCUUUGGACAAGGUGCUCGUCAAUUUACUGAAACCGAACGAAAAGAUGAUCGCCAGUUCUCACAUUUGCGAUCUAUUCUUCGGCAAUUACAUCGAACCUGAUGCGGAUCCUAAAAUAUACGAUGAAAUAACGAAUCUAGAUGAUCUCCAGGAGAAGAUGGAUUACUAUCUGGCUGAAUAUAACGCGGUUUCGCAGACGCCAAUGAACCUGGUACUGUUUCGAUACGCCAUCGAACACGUCUCUCGCAUAUCUCGUGUGCUACUGCAGGAUAAUGGUCAUGCCCUGCUCGUUGGAGUUGGCGGCUCCGGUCGCAAUUCUUGUGCCAGACUGGCGACUAGCAUGUGCGAAUAUGUGAUACAACAGAUCGAGAUUACGAAGACUUAUGAAACACCCGAAUGGCGGGAAGAUCUGAAGCACUUGUUACUGCGUGUCGGCUGCGACGGCAAACCUACCGUCUUUAUCUUUGGCGAUCAUCAAAUCAAGGACGAAUCCUUUAUCGAGGAUAUCAAUAUGAUCUUGAAUACUGCAGACGUGCCUAAUCUGUACGCGGUAGAAGAGAAAGCCGAAAUAUUGGAUAAAAUGAUGACUGUGGCACGAGACGCUAGCGGCAGUAAAAAACUGGAAACGACACCAAUGGCGCUCUACAAUCUCUUCAUUGAAAGGAUCAAGAAAAAUCUUCAUAUAAUUUUGACAAUGUCACCGAUAGGCGAGGCAUUUCGAAAUCGUCUCAGGAUGUUUCCGUCGCUUAUCAAUUGCUGCACCAUCGAUUGGUUUACAUUGUGGCCGGAAGAUGCCCUCGAGAGAGUAGCCAGGAUGUCAUUGAGGGAUUUAGAUAUUAGCUCGGAAUUGCGAGAAAAGUGCGUGCAAAUUUGCAAGCAGUUCCAUACAAGUGUCUCCAUAACGAGCGAGGAUUACUACUUGACGUACGGCAGACGAUAUUAUGUGACACCCACGAGUUUUCUGCAGUUAAUCAAAUCCCUGUAUAGAUUGUACGGACAAAAGAUUGAGCAGAUCACUAUCCAACAGAAUCGCUACGAGACUGGUUUGGAAAAGCUGGACUUUGCUGCUGGCCAGGUGGCGAUCAUGCAGGACGAGCUACAACGGCUGCAGCCCAAGUUACUGGCGCAGUCGCAACUGAGUGACAAACUGAUGAUUCGAAUCGAACAGGACACCGUCAACGUGGAAGCAAAGAAGGAAAUUGUAGCAGCGGACGAGGCCUUAGCGAACGAAGCAGCCGCAGCGGCUCAAGCCAUCAAAGAUGAUUGUGAGAGCGACCUGGCAGAGGCUACUCCAGCACUGGAAUCUGCCCUGGCGGCAUUAGAUACCCUAAAACCUGCGGACAUCACGAUCGUGAAAGCGAUGAAGAGUCCGCCGGCUGGCGUUAGAUUGGUGAUGGAGGCAGUUUGUGUCCUGAAAGGCGUAAAGCCGGAUCGAGUUCAGGAUCCGACUGGCCAAAUGGUAGAUGAUUACUGGCCCGCGUCGAUCAAGCUGCUAGGCGACAUGAAAUUCUUGGAGAAUCUGAAGAACUUCGACAAGGACAACAUACCUCCCGCAUACAUGAAGCGCAUUCGCGAAAAAUUUAUAAACGAUCGGAGCUUCCAGCCGGAAGCAAUUAAGAAGGUCUCCACCGCCUGCGAGGGUCUCUGUAAGUGGGUACGUGCCAUGGAAGUGUACGAUCGUGUAAUUAAAGUCGUCGCGCAGAAAGCGAUGCUGGCGGAAGCCGAAGCAGCGCUGGCUGCGCAGAUGGAAAUGCUCAACGAGAAGAGGAAUCUACUGCAAGAGGUAACGCAGAAGCUACAGUCCCUGAACGACGAGUUCGCCGAAUGUAUGCGCGAGAAGAAGAAUCUCGAGGAUCAGAUCGAUUAUUGCAGACAGAAAUUAGAAAGAGCCGAAAAGCUGCUGGGUGGUCUCAGCGGCGAAAAGAGUAGAUGGAGCGAGACUGCCGGUAAACUGGGCGCCAGUCUAGGUAACGUCAUCGGGGAUGUUCUACUAUCUUCUGGGAUCGUGGCUUAUCUGGGAGCGUUCACGGUGGAAUAUAGAAACAAAUUGAUCAGCCAAUGGCAUGCUUCUUGCGUGGAAGCAGCUAUACCUUGUGGUACCAGGUUUAAUUUGAUCGACAUAUUGGGCGAACCGAUAGAGAUCAGAGGGUGGACCAUUUAUGGAUUACCGGCCGACAACUUCUCUGUGGAAAACGGAAUAAUCGUGAAGCAUGCCGAUCGCUGGCCGCUCAUGAUCGAUCCACAGAAUCAGGCGAACAAAUGGGUGAAAAACAUGGAAAAGCGAAACAAGCUGGCGGUGAUCAAACUCACGGAUCCCAAUUAUGUGAGAGUGAUGGAGGCUGCCAUUCAGCUAGGAACUCCAGUGUUAUUGGAGAACAUUUUAGAAGAGAUCGACGCGAUUUUGGAAUCUGUAUUGCUGAAGAAUGUUUACAAGCAGCGCGGAGUGCUGUAUAUGAAGUUCGGUGAGACGGUACUGGAGUACAAUCCGAAUUUUCGAUUCUACAUCACCACGCGUCUUCGAAAUCCGCAUUACCUGCCCGAGAUCGCGGUAAAGGUAACUCUAUUGAAUUUUAUGAUUACGCUUCAAGGUCUGCAGGAUCAAUUGUUGGGCAUAGUCGUAGCCAAGGAGUUACCGACUUUGGAGGAGAAGAAAAAUCAAUUGAUAGUGGAAGGCGCGAACAACCGGAAGAUCUUGAAGGAGAUUGAGGACAAGAUCUUGGAAGUUCUCACGACAUCGGAAGGCAACAUACUUGAAGACGAGACUGCUAUUAAGAUACUCUCGACUUCGAAGAUGCUGUCGGAGGACAUUGAGGCGAAACAAGAGAUCGCGGUGAAGACUUCAGCGGAGAUAGAUGAAGCUCGCAAUGGUUACCAGCCGGUCUCGAAGCACGGAGCGGUUCUCUUUUUUUGCAUCUCCGAAUUAGCCAAUAUUGAUCCCAUGUACCAGUACUCCCUACCGUGGUUUCUGUAUCUCUACAUCACGGCAAUAGCUAAUAGCGAACAGUCGGAUAAUCUGGAAACGCGAAUGAAAAGUCUCAAUUCAUACUUCACCGCAAGCAUUUAUAGAAAUGUAUGUCGAUCUUUGUUUGAAAAGGACAAGUUGAUAUUUUCCUUGGUUCUCUGCGCCGGUCUGCUACGUGCCGCUCGUAAAUUGGAAGAGGAUCUCUGGGUGUUUUUAUUGACGGGCGGAGUGGCUUUCGAUAAUCCUUAUCCCAAUCCCGAUCCCUCAUGGUUGUCCGACAAAUCUUGGUCUGAAGUCGUGCGAGCCAGCCUUUUACCGGGUCUCGAAAAACUGAAGGAGUCCUUCCAGUCCAGCAUAUCACAAUGGAAAACGUAUUACGAUCUGACUAAUCCGCAGGAGCAUCCGUUUCCGCCACCCUUCGAGCACGAGAUCGAGAGCUUGAGGAAACUCGUGAUUUUGAGAUGCGUGAGGACGGACAAGGUGGUAGCCGCUGUUCAAGCGUUCAUCAUUCAUCAUAUAGGUGCACCAUUCAUGGAACCACCGCCGUUCGAUCUUCAGAGCUCGUACGAUGAUUCGAACAACGUCACGCCGCUCAUCUUCGUGCUCUCACCUGGUUCGGACCCGAUGGCCGGUCUGAUAAGGUUCGCCGAGGAGCGUGGAAUCUCGAGGAAGAAUCUCAUGACGAUCUCAUUAGGUCAAGGUCAAGGUCCUAUUGCGACCGGGAUGAUCGAGAGAGGCAUCAAGAGCGGCGAGUGGGUCAUUCUGCAAAACUGCCACCUCGCCGUCUCGUGGAUGAAGGAACUCGAUCGGAUAUGUGACGAGGUCAUCGUGCCCGAGAACACGCAUCGUGAUUUCCGGCUAUGGCUGACCAGUUAUCCGUCCAAAGGAUUCCCGGUGUCGAUACUGCAGAACGGGGUGAAGAUGACGAACGAACCGCCGAAGGGGCUGAAGAACAAUCUGCUGCGGAGUUACCUGAACGAUCCCAUAUCGGAUCCGAAAUUCUUUCGCGAGUGCACGAAGACGGUAGAAUGGAGAAAAUUGUUGUUCUCUCUGUGCUUCUUCCACGCGGUGGUGCAGGAGAGACGGAGCUUUGGUCCGCUCGGUUGGAACAUACCCUACGAAUUUAACGAGUCCGAUUUGCGUAUCAGUAUUCUACAAUUGCAACUAUUUUUAAAUGAUUACGACGAAGUGCCUUUCGACGCACUCAUUUAUCUGACGGGAGAAUGCAAUUAUGGAGGCAGGGUGACCGAUGAUAAAGAUAGACGCCUGCUGAAUUCGUUGCUGAAGAAUUUUUAUAAUUCUGAAGUUAUUAUAAGAGCAGGAUACUCUUUCUCUCCGAGCGAAAUUUAUCAUAUGCCAGAAGAUACCGAUUACGAAGGAUGUCUGAAAUACAUUCGCAGUUUACCUAUCAAUCAAAUGCCAGAAGUUUUUGGUUUACACGAGAACGCGGACAUAGCGAAGGACAAUCGGGAAGCAAUGCAGCUCUUAGCUGGUGCACUUUUGACUCAGCCUCAAAUCAGCGGAGUAGGUGUCGAGAGAGACACGGACGAAGUGGUUUUCGCUCUAGCCGGUGAGAUUCUAUCAAAGAUGCGGCCACCAUUCGAUAUUGAGUCCGUGUCGAACAAAUAUCCGGUACUCUAUAUGAACAGUAUGAACACGGUCUUGCGUCAAGAACUCGUCAAAUUCAACGAGCUCACCGAGGUCAUCAAAGAAACAUUGGAUAACGUGCGAAAGGCCAUCAGAGGACAGAUCCUGAUGUCACCGGAAUUGGAAGAAGUCUACGUUAGCAUGAGCAUCGGCAAAGUGCCGCGCGCUUGGGAUAGGAAGUCGUAUCCCUCCUUGAAGCCACUUGGUAGCUACGUGAUCGAUCUGUUGGCGAGAUUGCAAUUUGUGCAAAAUUGGAUCGACCACGAUGCACCGAAUGUGUUCUGGAUAUCCGGUUUCUUUUUUACGCAAUCCUUUUUGACGGCGGUGCUGCAAAAUUACGCUCGCAAGCAUAAGAUACCGAUCGAUCAGCUGGAUUUUGAAUUCGAGAUCACCCAAUUCGAAUCGAACGUCGAUACUGCUCCUUCUUAUGGAGUUUACAUUGCCGGUCUCUUUCUGGAAGGAGCUCGGUGGAACAGAGAGACGAGACUGCUGGACGAAUCUAAGCCUAAAAUAAUGUUCGAUUUGCUACCCGUUAUAUGGCUAAAACCCGGCAUCAAAAUUAAAUUCGACAUAAGAGACGUCUACUAUUGUCCAGUGUACAAAACAAGCGCUAGGCGUGGUGUAUUGGCUACUACUGGACAUUCCUCCAACUUUAUACUGUUUAUUUUGAUUCCAACGGAUAUCAACGAAUCACACUGGAUUAACAGAGGUGUGGCUGCUCUUUGUCAACUUGAUGAUUAAAAAGGACAGGUACGAAUUAUUUAUAUGAAGAUUACAUAUAUAAUUAAUUCAUAUUGUAUUAUUUCACAUAACAAUGUAUUAAACAACUAGAAAAGAAUUUAAUUAAUGAACUAAUUACAUAGAAAUAUUUUA